GGCCAGAUUCUCUUUUCCCGCCAAUAAGAGAGAAGUUCGUAGAAGAUCAAAUCGCUCGAUGUGAUGGAAUGAACUCAAUGAACAAAUUUCAAGCAAAGAUGUCUAAAAAACGAGCGCCUUUAUUAUGUCAUGAAAUUCCUCACGAUCAUUUCGGUGAGUGGUCAUAACAACGAACAAAUAAUUUGCAUACUCUGCGAUAUUUUGUAUAGCCGUGUAUCAUGUGAUACAGGGUAUAUUUUAAGCUUAUCCUUUCGAGCACAUAAUCACGAAGGCCAUAUGGUCGUCAGACGCCCGUAUUCAAGCUAAAUGCAAGCAUACGUAUAACUUUCCAAAGCCUUUAACAAAAGAAAGUCAAAUGCAGAACCUCAGAAAUACUAAUUCUUCAAGCUGGGGCAAACAUGUGGGAAUUUCAAUCAGUUUGUUAUCAAAAAUUAAUCAAUAAUUAAGGUUUAUGUAUUAAAGCUGAUGUUAUUUUAUGAUUUUAAAGUCAUUAAAGUUUAAUCGUUAUUGCUGAAUGUGCAUGCAAAGUUCACCCUUGGGUGUUCAUCAUAAGAAUUAUUGUGUAUAUCUCUACAAUAAAUAUUAAUAAUAAUAUUUUAUAAUACAAACACCUCUCAACACAUUAAAAGUCACACAACCACCAGAACAGUAAUACUUUUUGUAGCUGUUGUUGGCUUGUUUAUCUUUGGUUAUUCUGUGUGUAACAGCUACAGAGUGUGGCCUAAUGAAUUGACGUGAUACGAAAAAACCAGAAAAUGAAAUCUGAAUAAAGGCCAGCUUGAAAUGUAACCCAGCUGUAGGGCUUGUGAAUCCAAACUUGUCAUGUUUGUUAAAUCCUGAGUAGGAGAUGACAGCCCUGUGUUGCUCAAUAUACCGCAGAUGCAGAAACCUUUCAACCAUGGUGAGUUUCUAGAUAAUUUUUAAAGCAAAAUGAUUGCAAAUGUGCAUCACAAAAGCACUUCUGGGCCGAUAUUAUUUUGCACAUCCUUAUUUAUUUUAAAGAUCACUUCCUACAUGUGAUACUGAUUCAACAAAAUGAAAAAAGGAUCAGAUCAGUUCUACUGCCCUCAUUUGAUCAAAUGUCUCUGUGAAUAAGAUGUGCUUGAUUAAGCUUUUACUCUAUAAUUUGUGGUUAAAUCAAUGUCGUUAUGAAAAAUGGCAGUUGGGAAAAUGUACUAAAUAGGCUUAUUUUUAUUGACAUAUUGGUAUUUUUUAAAUUGAUGUGAAGGAAUGAUACUAACUGGAAAACUGACUUGUUGUUCUAAUUCUUGCUGUAAACUCUCCUGCCUGACCUGGGGGGCUUAUUUUGUCAAGUCAUUUUUAAGAGGAAGGGGUACUUAUUGUAGAAGGGCAAUGUUUACUAUUUUUAAAACUGAAGCGGAAACUCUUGGAAAUUAUUCAUUUUUUGGGUUAAAGGAUCUUGUAAUGACUGGCAAGUGUCUUCUUUCAGGGUCGGCCAGGGUUUUGGGGUAUACGGUAUACGGGGGCUUUUUAAAUUGGGUAUACGGUAUAUUGCAGCUUAAAUACGGGUAUUCGGUAUAUCACUUUCUUUGAAUUUCAGGUAUAAAGUAUACCUGGGUAUAAUUUUGGGUUUAUUUGGAUGAAUUUUGGCUAUUUUUGGGUAUUUUGGCGAAUUUUUUUUCGGGUAUACUGGUAUACCACUACCCCCCCUGACCGACCCUGUUCUUUAUCUGAUCGUAAGCUCUCCUUUCUUUUACUUCAGGUUGGCAACGGGAAAUUAUUUACCGACACAUAGGAGCUAGCCGAAACAGUGAGGUUAUUUACAUAACACCUUGUGGAAAAAAAUUAGUAAGUUGGUGCAGAAUAUUUACCUUAACCCUUUUAAUCCUAAACCAAGUUAACAGUAUAAUGGUGAGAUUAUUUGCCAUUCUAAAUUUGGAAGAAAUCUAUCCAUCUGUAGAAGAAUUCUUGUCAGUUAGACAUCUUGUAUAAUUGUACAAUUUGUACAAAAGACAAAUUUUUUUGAAUUUUUUACUUUGACCACUAUUAGGACUGGAAAGUGUUUAAGAGGUCAUGAAAUCACUACUUUGUAUAACUUGCCAGUGAAGAUCUUUUUUUUUUUCAUACAGAAUUGUCGCGGUGAUGUGGACAAGUAUCGUAAGUCCUUUUCUUAAAUUCUCCUGAAUUAAUUGUGGAUUUCAUCCAGACGAGUAUACACUCAAAGAAAAUCAAAUUGCAGUGUUAUAAAGUUUUUAAAGACGGUUGUUAAAAGCAACAGCACAGUCUAUGUAGUAGUGUUAUAAUAGUACCUGUUACAUCAAGAUAAUGAUCAUAAGUUGUUCACCUUUGAAUUAGCAUUUGGUUCAUACUAGUGCCUUGUUGUUGAUAGACCGUUACCUCGGACUGGAUUUGCCGAAAAAUGGUGGCAAGAACAUUAUUUUACUCGUUGUAAACUAGAAAUACGUUUAUUAGGACCCCUCGUGAAUCUGUGACAGGUCAGCAAUAUGAAUAAAUUGAAACCAGCCAAAUAUAGGUAAAAAAGAUGGUAAAAAAAAAUCAAAAACAAAACUGCCCAAAAAAGGAAAAAAAUUCCUCGUGCAGGAGUCUAACCCUGGACCUUAAACAUGUAAGGUCAUCUCCUUGUCAAUUGCGCCACUUCACCGAGUGUUAAUUGUUCAUCUUGAAUUAGUAUGAUGAACAUUUUUGCCAAUGAACCUGCCAGCAGAUGGUGUUUGAAGCUGCAGGGUGGAGCUGUGUUUAUCAAUAAUUAAAAGACAUAUACAAGGAAUAAAUAAGCAGGGUUUCAGUGUAAAAGCCCAGCUACUUUAACUCAUCUCGUCACAUUUAUUAUUCCUGGUAUUUAAAAACUGGUAUGUAGACAAACCAUUUUGAAAAACUGAUCGAAUGCCUUUUGUUUUUUAGUAAAGACAGAGAGAAUAGGUUAUUUAUCACCAGACUGGUUUUCUUUUGACAAUCAUGUCCUGGUUGGUGGAGGAGACAAAGAGGUACAAAUGUUGAGAUGUUUUAGUUGUUGUUACAUUUAAUGAGGAAGUAUUAUACAGUUUAUAUGUAACUAUCUAUUUAAUAUAAACCAUGAGUAUCUGCUUUCAUUACUUGUCGCUGCUCUCAGGAAGUGUGUGAUUUGUUCCCUAAAUUCAAAAUUCAUAUUAUAUGUUUCAUUUAUCAACAAAACUUAGUUAAGCCCUUUAAUGCUUGUGCACAAUACAGUCACAAUACAGUCGCAUGAUUGUGACUGAUAAGAGGAUAACUUGACAGCUGAUUUUGAUAUGGAUGGUGUAUGUCACCUAAAAGGCCAGCAGGAUAAUCCUCAUUUUUCAGUCCGGCUUUUAUGUACAGGAUGGUUUCAAUAGGUGAUCAUACAAACAAUCAUGUGAUAACCAGAAUUUCUCUCUAGGACAGCUGAUAACCAGUUUCUUUUUUACCCAUGGUGCUCUGUGCAUGUACCCAGAGCUCUUCUAUUAACCUUUUAAACCCUAAGAUCAAAAUUUGAAUUCUCAUUUGUUGUCCCUAUUCAUUUCCUACAGAAGUAGUGGGGAGAAGUUGAUAAAAUAUCAAACAAAUUUAUCUUGUGUGAUCAUGUCCGUAAUUCUCAUGACCACUCUGUUUUACAAAGCAUUGAUAUUACAAAGAGAAAUUUGAUGCUGAUCACUCUGUUUUUAUACUAAAGCAUUUCUGAUUUGAUUGGCAAAGAGAAAUUUGAAUUUGAAAUAACUACAUGAAAAUUACAAACCUUUUGUGGGUAGUAGUAUAAACAAAUAAUAAUGAUUUGUGGGUUUUGGCAAAAUUAAUUUCAAAAUGGUGAAAUUACAGGUGUCACUCGUGGUAUUUAUGCCAAAUAUGACUACAAAUCAUGCUAUUACCUAUACUAAUAAAAUGGUGAAUUGCAGGUGUCUCGUACAAUGCCAGCAGCACCUACACCGUCUGAGCCUUGGAGAAAAUCCAAGUAAGCUUCAUUAUUUUAUUUUCUAUUUUCUCAUGUUUUUCUGAUAUUUAUGAAACAAAUAAAUUGAUCAUGAUGAUUGGUCAUGGUAGUUGUUAUACACAGUGUACAUCAUGUCUGCACACAAAUUAUGAGGGGCUUUUUGGGGUAUAUGAAAUAUGUUAGGAAUCCUGCAAAUGUUCAUGGGUAAACUAGUUGGCCAUCUUAUGAGCAUGGCCAUGAGAUAUUGAACUCAUCAGGCCAAGGGAUAUAUAAAUGGGAACAAAUUCAGCUAGUAGUCAAGGCGAGACUAACUGACUGCCAACUGAUUGCAAAUAAAUGCAAGUCUUGCACUCUAACCACAUGCUCACCUGGCCUUCAAGUGUAAUGUUUUGUGUUACUUAUCUUGCAUGAAGCAUGUGUUGAGGUUCUUUAAUAUUCUAGUUAUAUUUGUUUCAGCACAUCAAUGCAGAAACCGGCCUUUUGAGUGUUAUUGUGCAAAAUUAUAAAGUUAUUUUACAGUGCAUUAUAGGAAAUUGAUAAAUUAUUAUUCACAUGAUGUUAAGCUUGUCUGUGCAUUACUUAUAGGUGGUCUACAGUAGUGAUAUGUACAAGAUACUGUCCAGAGCGAAACAACACCAGGCCUUCACUGCAAUGCAACUUGUGCAAAGCUUUUUUUCACCCUGAAUGUGUGUUUCUUUCUCCAACUGAAGCUAAGAAAGUGAAAGAUUCUUAUGUUUGUACAGUAAGUUAAUUCUUUUAAUUUAUCAGAAUGCAAAGAAUAGAAUGUCCGAUAGCCCAGCCGGGUGAGUGGAUAUUGCCCAAUGGGCAAGCGAAGUUUUUGGGGAACUGAAAUUACAGAGGAACUGUUAUCAAUCCUGCUUGUCAAAAUAUUGUUUUUUUUGGGGGGGGGAGGGGGGGGCUAGUUAAAAUAACUCAUGGGCAAGUACAUGCCAACUAUAGCUUCCCCAAAUGGCAAGCUGCAAAAUAGACUCUCUUUGCACCCUGAUGAUGGUAGUGAAAUCUUAUUCAAAGUUUACACAAGACCAAUGUGAAGGGGUUAUGACUGUCAUCAGGAUAUUUGCUGUUUUAGGUCAAUUCCAUGCUGAGGUCAUUACUUACUGCCUUUACCCAUUUAUACAAAAAAUGUUCCAUUAGAGUUAUAAAGAAGAUAUCAAACCAAUGUGAUCAAGGAACGCUAACCAUACAGUAAUAAUGAUAUUUAGUUGGUGAUGUUUUUUGCAGGCACCAAGCAUUAAAACUUGAAAAAGUUGACCCAACUUUUACAUGUUUCAAUCCAGGUGCUUUCAUGCCAAAUCCAUAUUAAUAUUAUUAUAGACAGCAGGAAACAGUUUCAAUGCCUAAAUACAGGCUUAAGUAACAAAAGUGUAUUAUUAUCAUUUAAAUUAAUGUGUUUUAACUUUUUAAAAAGAUAGCAAAUAAUGCAAGCAUAGUUUUAGUUGUCAAGAAAACCUGUAUUGGAUCAACCCUUUUAUGUCAGUAAAUCCAUGCUUUAUUGACACUGUGACAUCAUUAAAAUGUACAAAUUCCUGUGAUAUCUUUUUCUGACUUCGCAUCAAUGUCUGGGAACUCUUCAAAAGUAGUAAGAGCAAAAUGUUUACUGGAAGGAAACAAAGGAAGUCAUUUUAGGCAAUAAUUGUAAUAAUAUAAGUGGUUUCUUCUGUAAAAUAAUAUUUUUUUUACAGAAGAAAUCACUUUUUCCAUAAUUCACCUCAAUCAAAUCUCUCCAUAAAGUCAACUCAAUUUCAAUCCCUUUUGGUGAAGUGGUUAGCCGAAGUUGUUGUUAAAAUUGUCUAGACAAUCUGAUCCCCAUUUUAACUAUUUUAUUAUGUUGUAGCACUGUUUGCUAGAAGAGAACCCAGAUGCACUGAAAGUAAAAAUCAAAUUAACAGAUGUGUGUCCUGUUCUUAAGUUAUCAUUUGAUUGCCUCCUUCAUAUCUUGUCAUAUCUUCCUCUCAAUGAUUUGUGCAGGUAGGUCUCUUACACUUCUGUCAAUUCACUUACAACUUUCAGAUUCUAUUUUAGAGCUGCCAUUGUUUAUUUGAUGGUUACAUGUAAGAUUCUUUAUUAGGACUUAUGUGACAUAACACUUUGAAAGCAUCCCACUGUUAAAAACAAAAUGAGGUUUUUUAUCUUCAAACAACAACAACAAACUUUUAUUAAUAAACAGAAAAUAUGAAGAUAUAACGAAGAGACAAAAUUCUCUGUUACUCCGAGUUUCGUGCUCACGCACUCAUCAGACAGUAUUUAAUGGAGAAUAAACCUAUCAAGUUAUAUAUAUACACGCGUCUAUUGAUUACAAAAAGCAGGGCAGUGCGGUUCUAAUUACAAUUAGGUGUGAGGAAAAACUAAUAGAGUGUUGUUUUUGAGUCAAUUGUUCCUAAGGUAAAACUUGUUUUCGUGGCGGCACUUGAAAAUCAGUUCUGAUCUUUUAUUUAGGAUUCUGUCGGGGUUUGCAGUAAUGAUCAUUAGUUUCUCUGUUAAGCAUAGGUCGCAUCGUUUAGAAAUGUUGUUGUAGGGUCUUGCACGGCUGAUUAUAGUCCAUUUGAUGUUGAAGUCUUGAUUAUUGUCACGUAGUUUCCAGAUGUAUUUGGAGAGUUCGGUGCUGUUCGUGUAUUUCCUGUGUUUAAAUGUCGCUUUGUGUUGUGAAAAUCUUUGUUUCUUUGUGUUUUGAGUACGUGAGCACGAAACUCAGAGUAACAGAGAAUUUUGUCUCUUCGUUAUAUCUUCUUAUUCAAAGCUCUACACUUAAAAAGUGUAUUGAGCACUGUUUAACGGCUUUAGCCACUUUAUUACACGUAAACAGAAAAUAUAUUAUUACAGAAGCAUUGCCCUCAGCUAGCAAGGCUAUGCGAGUCGGGACAAUGAGUGCAAAAUAUUAAGUUAAGACUAUAAAAGGCUAACUAAGGGAAGUUUACAGUUUACAAAUAAAUGAGUAAUGAUAAUAAUAAUAAUGAUAAUAAUUUUUUAUUUUAGUGCAAGUUGUGUAUGCAGUAUGUGGAAUCAAGUGUCAUCCCAACCCAUCCUGGUGAGAAAUGAAAUAGUGGUUAUUGUGAUGUGAAUUGUGACGCUGUAGUCAGUAUCAUCAACAACAUUCAUAUUUAUAGGUGUAUACGUUAAUGGUUAAUGUUACCAAAUCUGUCAGUCAUUGCUACAAUGAGGGUCUCAAGAAUAGAUGCAGAAUCAUAUUUUGCAUUUUGGUUGUUUGCCUUACUAAACAGAUUAUCAUAGUUACAAUAAAAUUGUUGACUUUAAAUACAUGUGAGGCCUCUAUUAUAGCUUGUAGUUAUUCAGUACAAGACAUCUUUUUUCAUAAAUUAAUGAACAGUGAGAAGAUUUCAGUUUGCUGAUUCAGUUGUUUUCUUUUUUUAGUGGAGGAGAGUGUCACUACAUGGUCUGCAAGUUAAGGACUGGGACAUAGCUGCAAGAACAAUGGUGCAGUUUUCUACUCAAAGACUGGUGAGCUUAUAAAUAAUAUUAUUACAUGUAUUGUAGUACGUGAAGCUAUUUAAUAUCCCAGAGUGCAGUGUUGCACGAUUUCUGCAAGGAACUGAAACAUUUCUAGGCUGCCAUCUACUGGGCCAUUGUCAGUUUUAAACCCUGUUAGCUCAGUUUAUAAUAUUUAAAUUGUAAUGGUAUGCAUUUUUCUGUUAAUCACAGGAUUUAAGGGGUCUCGUUCAUGGCAAGAGUCUCACUGAUUCUUGGUUAACCAUUGGAAAUGUUUUGCGUCAGUUGUCCAGUGUAAAAUGGCUGGAUUUUGGACUGGUGCCAACAUGGAUUCUUCAUCAAGUGACAGAAACUUCACCAGAGUAAGCAGUUGGGCAUAAACUUGUUGUUAAUUGAAAAGGCUCUAAAGGCUCCUGAUCUAAUGUCAAAUUCUCUCAGUUUCAUAAGAAAAUACAUUAGUUAAUUUGUUGGGAAAAUCUCACUGUUCAUUCUCACUUCCGGUAGAAUUUGAUCACAUCAUCCCUUUGAUUUUGAAAUUAUAUCUUCUGUGUUUGUAGUGUCAUAUUUUUGUGGAUAAACAGGGAUAUAGCUAAGAGGUGGCUGCAGCCAGUGAAUUUCACUAGCUGCCACAGAGCUUACCACCACAUCAAAUUUCUCCCAAAAAUAAGAUGUAAAGUAGUUUUUUGGUAAUUUUGACAGGUUACAAGGCAGUAACUCUUUUAAGCUUUUAUCCAGCUACAUCCCUGGUCAAGACAUACAUUCUUAACAGUGGUUAAUGUGUUGACUGUCCAAACUGACUUAAGACCUGUUGACAUGUUAUCCCUGGUCUCAACCAUUCUUGACACUACUUCCAGAGACAAGAUGCUGCAUUUCACUCUUUUUUCCACCUACAACAAAUAAGCCCACUUUUGGCAGGACACUGUCCCUUGGGACCUACUUUAGCUGUUUGUCAUUGUAUGUGUGUACAGUGAACUCUCUUAAUGCUGGGGACAGCACCACAAUGAUAAUCUUAUCCAAGAGAGAGAGCAUCACUCCUACAAUAAAGCUGCUUCAGACUUACAUGUAAUUCUGGUCUCUUGGGUAUCCUGUGGCUUGUCUGUCCAGUCAUGUUCACAGGCACACCAGUUAAAUACUGCAUUGUAUGUGCUCUUUGUUUUCCAGGCAGAUAGUAAUACUUUUAAUGAACCUAUCUUUCACAGCUUGGAGGUCUUAACUGCAGAAUGGAUAAGUGAUACUGAACCUGGCAAAUGGUAUGUUAAAGUCUGUCUUUCUUAGAUAGCAUAUACAGCUGUUGAUCUAUACAUUUUCUAUGCACAUUUUAGGAAGUGAUUUAACAUACAUUGUGCUAGAUAUUGCACUCCUGCAAAACCUUCUUGUUACUUGACAUUUCGAUAUAUUACACCCCUUAAUAGUAUUUUUUUCGCACCAUGAUAAGUCGUGUUUUAUUCUCAGUUAGGAAUUGACUUAGCUCAUAAACCAACAGUAAAAAUCUUGUUCUUUGCAGGGAAUGCACAUCACAUUUGGAUUUUGGAAAAAUUGCACAGCUCACAUGCCUUAAGAGACUUCGGCUCCGGGCAGCUUGUGGUGUACUAACAGUUCCAUCAUUUACCUUCAGUGGAGGAUUGAUGGCCCUUGGUAACCUCAAAGACCUUACUAAGCUGGUAAAACAUGAUCAUGUGAAUUUAUGUAGAAUUCACUCAGUUCUUUACUGUUGGGUGUAGUCAGUCGUUGAUCAGGAAAAUUUUAAAACAUCCAUUUUCUAAAGAUAAAUUAAUUGUUUACACGAAGGUAAUGAACGUUUAUUUUUUCUUUGAAUUUCAGUCACUAACCACUCUAAAAAAUGUUCCAAGCUCUGAAUUUGGAUUUUUAAGAGAUCUUCCAAAUCUUGAGGAACUUGAGAUAGGAGAGUGUUCAGACUGGGAUGAUGAGGUAAGAACUUACCGUAAACUUGGUAACCUGUGUGAUGAGAUGUGAGCCUGGGCAGAGAAGGUGACAGCAGCCUUUAGAUUAGAAAUAAAUAUGUCGACUGAUAGUCCACCGACAUCUCAAGUGAGCGUUGGCCGAUAGUGUUGACCGAUACUCAGUCAUUACACAAGAUCCAAGUUCACUAUAUUUCACUGCAAUCUCUUUGACUUUAAUGUGCAACAUUAGAGAUUUGUUUUUCUUGUUUGUUUUGUCUUUUUUUUUUCAGACUUACGAGUGCCUUGGAUGCUUAACGAAUUUAAAAUGUUUAAGAUUAGAGUGCGGCAGUUCUCAUGAUGGACUUGCACAGGCCUUGAAGGGUAUGCAAAGGUAAACCAGUCAUAACGGAUGUGCUCACCUUACAGUACUACAGAAACUGGCCUUUCAGUGGCUUCAGGGAUUCUUGUGGUUCACUAGAUCGUCGUUCUGCCUUUGUCAGGAUAAGGAUGUAUUUCUGCAUACGUUUUUGUUACAAGCCUUCCUGAAAAAUUAAUAACAAGAAUGGUCUUCUCAAAGCCAGGUUACCGAAACGUGAUCUUACGGUGAACAUCCUAACGGGCUCUUUAUGCGAAGAUACCGUUGCUAUUUCUUUGCGGACUUAUUGCGGACCUACAAAAUGACUAAUACACAACUCGAUGAGGUUGCGCCUCUGUGGAGGCUAUAACCAGAAAAAAUAUUAUUAUGGCCUGAUUUAUCACAGCUUGACAAUCUUGUAAUCGCAGUAUGGUGUUUUUCUGUUUGCAGACUUGUUCAUUUGGAUCUUAUCAUGUUUGGUAUACCUUCUACUUUAGCGGAUGUUCUUCAACUUCUCCCAAGCCUUAAAACGCUUUCUGUAUGGCCACUUGAGGUAAGGGAUUACUGAAAAUAAAAGAGGGUUUGAUCUUUUGGAUUCUCGCGACGCUUGUUUGAAUUUGAAUUACUUUAAAUCACUAACAGAGGUUGGGGAGGGGCAUUUGAAGGGAGGAGGGAUGCGCAGUAGUUGUGGGGAGGGGGGGGUGGGGGGAGAGGGGCACGUUGAAAGCAUAGUUAAUUGAGGAAUGGUUAUGAAACCCGCGUUGCAUUAAUUUAUUCCGUAACAAUUUGCCAACAGGCCCCGUCCAACAUAAACUGCAGCACUGUUGUUUUUAUCAUUGAUGUUUGCCGGAUAUUUUUAAAUGUUGAAAGGACGGAACUUUCCGGAUAUUUUUAAAGACGGAACUUUCUUUCUCCCUGGCUUUUAGCCCUCCGUCCACACGAUGCCGGCUUAUCCUUUUCAUGUCGACGGACAAAAAGUCAGGUUUUCGUGUACAAUGAUACCAUACAUCAUAAAGCGCAUGCCCUGUAAGGGAUGCUAUCUAUUGUUUUAGCGUUUUCGUGUUGACGGGCGAAGACGAAUCGAAUACGCGUACUUUUUUUAUAAGAGAAAAAAUCUCAGUUUUCAGAAAUAACCGGAUACACGUGGACGAGACCUAAAAAAAAUGACAUCGACGGCGGCGACAGCAGCCAAAACGCAGAGGUGCUUAUUUGGAAACUGAAGCAGGAUUCACGGCCGACCCUUUUUAAGUAACUCGUGUUAAAUGUGGGAUGACUGUCAUUUUUGACUUAAAUUAUCAUUAAAUAUAGAAACGUUUGGUAAAAUGCCAUGCGUUAUAUUGCGAUUCCUGUGAUUACAAGUCCUGACUAUUCUCAAUUCUGUAUGAUAUUCGCUCAUUUUCUCCCCGGCAAAUGCAAGGAAACUUUUCAGGGGAACUUGUCCUUUAAUCCACAGGAUAGUACAGUAAACAGCCGUUACCUUCAGGCAGUUUGUCAACUGUCUGAUCUAUAUUGCUUGGACUGGGGUGUACUCACUGGACUACAGGCUUCCAACAUCACGGAUUUGCCAUCCUGUGACUCUCCCGCAUCAAAUGAUGUGCUUUCCAGAGAUGAACCGUUGAUACCGAUCGCACCUCAUCUGUGCUCUAACUUAACAUCUCAAUUUAAAUUUCACAAAGACUUCAAUAACAAUUUGAUGUUGUCUUUAAAUGAACUAAACCGCAUCUUAUGCAAGAGUCUUCUCAUGACAGACAUUCGUGUCUUCAGAGUGCCAAUCAUGCCGGAAGGCAGGCUGUACUUCUGAGAGUUUAAAAGAAUCUUCACAAUUCUAAUUAACCAAAAAAAGCUGGACUGCACUUCGCUUCUCGGAACAACCCGACACUUUUCAAUCGCGAGACUUAAUUGUGUCAAGAAGGUAUUUAACUAUUUAAAAUCAGUGUUUAACCAAAGUUUCCUCUGAAUUGGUUAGUGAGCCAAUCCUCCCUAAUGUGGACACCAUACGAACUGCAGAGGCAAGUAUCCAGUCUAUAACAGACUGAGAGGCGUCUGUAUGGAAAUUGUGGAGGUCAGAGGGAGCGCACAACUAUCUAGAGAAAACUGGGAUAAGAGAGUGGCCUUGAAAACUCAUUUGUGCCACAGUUCUUGAGGCCAGUCGACCCGUUUUCUAGUUACGUUCUGGCCAAAAAUAACCAAAGCUACGCAAAACGCUGUUAUAAGUCGACCCUCCAGAUCCACAAGCCAAUUCAGUUUAGUUCAUCGUGAUCAUCCAUUCAUGCCGCCAACUCUCUAUAAUGGCUAUAGAUUAUAUUUUAAAGAUGACAAUUGUUUCGUUAGCGACAAAAAAAAUCACUUGCCUUCUUUAUACCGCUUAUCAGUCUGCCAGAUAACUAGAGGGACAGAACACGCGGUUAACCCUAUAUUAGCUUUUCAAUAUCUGGCAGCCACGUGGUAACAACACCUGACUAAAAUCAACUGACAAACUUAGCAAGCAUUUACGAUUAGUAAGGAAAGGGCAAUAAACAUUUAAAAACACUGUUUUUCAAACCCCCGUUCUUAACAUAACCCAAGAGAGGCUUGCAUAAUCUCAUAAGCGUCUGAUUUGUGGUUCAUUAAUUAGACCCGGAAACAGUGUUGGUUAAGACGCUGACAUUUUAAUCUAAAAGCAGAGAAGUGACUUUCAUAAUGUGAUAUGCUUGGCAGAUAGUUGAGCAUUUGAUUAAAUCGCCGCACAGAUUCAAGGGAGACCUCGCUCAUGUACGCCGGAUGUUUUGCAAGUCUCAUUUUUUACAAACCUUGUUACAAAGGUUCCAGACAUUAUGAAAAUAAAUAAGGAAUUGUCAGUGUAAACGACUUCAAUUGAAACCAAACGUUAAUGGAAUAGUACAAUAUCAAUGAAUGUUGAUAAAUUCA